AUGAAUUCGCAAAACUAUCCUUCAAUGGACCAAUAUAACUAUGGUCAACAGGGACAACAGGGUCAACCUAUGCAACAACAUAUGGGUGGAAUGCCACAACAACAACAACAAUGGACAAGUCCACCAAAUCAACAACAACAACAACAAUGGGGAAAGCCACCAGCACAGCAAUAUCCCAAUCAACAACCAUUCCAGAGAGACAUUCCACAGCAAUAUGCAAGCGCACAUCCACAGUACUCUCCACCAGGUGCACAAAACCCAGACUUUAUCGCCAACCUCUCCAACAACCCUCUGACUCAAGUCGGUCUGAACUAUGGUCUCACCUAUGGUCAAUCAUUGUUCAGUGAUGGCAAACAAUACGUCGACUCGAAUUUUGGCAAAUACUUCUCAUUCUCAACAUUGAAGAGCUACUUCAAUGUCAACACCUCCUAUGUAUUCAAUAAGAUAAAGUUACUACUCUUCCCCUUCCGUCAAAAGACAUGGAAGAGAAGAAUCAUUAGACAGGGCGAUCUGGACCAAUACCUUCCACCAAGGGAUGACAUUAAUGCACCUGACCUGUAUAUUCCAAUGAUGGCAUUCGUCACAUACUACUUGCUCUAUGGAUUCCAGUUGGGAAUGUCAGCAUCGUUCUCACCAGACAAGCUUGGCGCCUCAAUCUCCAAAGGAAUCAUCAUUUGGUUGUUGGAGCUUGGACUCUUCAAGUUGGGCUUCUUCUUCACCAACUCCUACUCAAUCCCCAUGUACGAUAUGAUAUCCUACAGUGGAUACAAAUAUGUAUUGCUUGUAUUGUCAACUGCAGUGACUAUACUGUUUGGCGGUGCUGUGACUUGGGGAGCAUGUGCAUACAUAUCAAUAUGUAUUGGAAUCUUUAUUGUCAAGACACUCAGAGUUGUUCUCCUUUCAGACAACAUUCACUCUGAUAUGCACAAUCCAGAGGGAGGCACAAAGAGGAACUACUUUGUCGUUAUGAUUGCCAUUCUCCAAGCACUCCUCUGUUGGGUGUACUAA